AUAAUUAUUUCGAAUGCACAAAAAAUAACAAUGGUUAAGUCAAAAGUACAAUUUUGAUGGCGCUCCCCGACUUUUGUUAAGAAGUUAAACCUUUCCCCCCACGAAGGCCUUCUAUUUAUAGUAUCAGCUGUUGCGAUAUAAAGAAUUGGUUACAGCAAGAGUUUUGGUGUGUAGAUGAGCUUAGCCUCAGACAGAUUCGGGGCAUGAAAUAUGAUAUUAUUUAAACGUUUGUGUUUGGGCCAAAAUUGGACGUCUAAACGGAAGCCUCUCAAAGGAAAUGGUGAGACGAGAGGCGAGUGAACGCUGAGAAAGGCUGCUCUACACGCGUCGCACAUCAUCAGUUGGUGUAGCCGAAGCCGCUGCCUGCCGACGUCGUCAUGGCGACCAGCGCGGUGCCCAGCGACAACCUCCCUACAUACAAGCUGGUGGUAGUGGGUGAUGGGGGAGUGGGCAAGAGUGCGCUCACCAUCCAGUUCUUCCAGAAGAUCUUCGUGCCCGACUACGACCCCACCAUCGAGGACUCUUACUUGAAGCACACAGAAAUCGAUGGCCAAUGGGCCAUUUUAGAUGUUCUGGACACUGCGGGCCAGGAGGAGUUCAGUGCCAUGAGGGAGCAGUACAUGAGGACAGGCGACGGCUUCCUCAUCGUCUUCUCCGUCACGGACAAGGCCAGCUUUGAGCACGUGGACCGCUUCCACCAGCUUAUCCUCAGGGUCAAAGACAGGGAAUCUUUUCCAAUGGUCCUGGUAGCCAACAAAGUGGACCUGGUGCAUCUGCGCAAAAUCUCCACAGAGCAAGGUCGUGAGAUGGCUACAAAACACAGCAUAACCUACAUUGAAACAAGUGCCAAGGACCCUCCCAUGAAUGUGGACAAAGCCUUUCAUGAACUGGUGCGCGUCAUCAGGCAGCAGAUUCCAGAGCGGGGUCAGAAGAAAAAGAAGAAAGCCAAGUGGCGAGCCGACAGACCCACCGGAUCUCACAAACUGCACUGCGUCAUCUUCUAAUGCCGUCACUACUUGUAUGUGUGUGAGUGUGUGUGGGGGGGGUGCGCGCAGUACAUAUGUACACACUUGUGUAUGUAUGUGUGUGUGAGAGAGAGACAGAAUGAGAGGGUGUGAGUGUGAGUGAGAGAGAGAGAGAGAGAGUGAGAGCGCGUGAGAGAGAGUGUUUCUAAACCCUUCAGUAAUUAAUACACCCAGGCGAUGACAGGCAUGGACUGUUACCCCACAGAGUGCCUACAUCUUUCAGGUCUCUGGCGGCCACUUUGGUCACAUGCUGGACUCCUGGUUCUGGUUCUGGUCCGACCCGGGAGGUCUGGUCCGACCCGGGAGGUCUGGGUCACUCGUCGGACACAUCGGAUAAGAGGUGGAGGGACUCAGAUUAUUCCCGCCCUCCCGCCCAAUCAAUGGACCUCAGUAAGGCAGGACUUUACACAAACAUAAAAACUCACACACACACACACACACACAUUUCUAUCUGAGAGGCCAUUCUCUUGGCGUUGGUUCUGUGUAUGUUGUUUUUAUGUUGUGUGUGAGUUAUUUUCCUCUCAUCUCUCUGGUGCCCUCAUCUGUGUUCUGUGUUUUUCCGGGGAUGGCCUCCGGCCAAUGGAAAGCCCCCGGCCAAUGGGAAGCCUGCACAGCUCAGUACAGCCCCAGAGCUGAAGCCCAAGCCGAAGGGUGCGGAGGAGGGGGGGGGGGGGGGGGAGGGGGUGGAAGGAGAGCAGAGAGAAACGAAAGAAAGAGCAAGAGUGAGGAGAGAAAGAAAGAAAGAGGAUGUGGAUGUUGUCCUUAGGCCUUGUAGCAGCCAUUAAUGUAAUAACGUAAUCAAAUGUAGCUGCCAAAUGUAUUACAUUAUUGGCCAGGUAUUACAUUAUCAACUUUAACUACAUUAAGAACAGAAAAACUUUACGUUAUUUGCAAUUAUGACAUUAACGGUGUUAUAACAUGAUUUGUAAGUGAUUUGAUUAUUGGCAGUUAUGACAUUAACAGUGUUAUAACAUGAUGGGUAAAUGAUUACGUUAUUGGCAGUUAUGAUAUUUAUGGUGUUAUUACAUGACUGCUAAAUGAUUACAUUAACGUGUUAUUACAUGACUGCUAAAUUAUUACAUUAACGGUGUUAUUACAUGACUGCUAGAUGAUUACAUUAACGGUGUUAUCACAUGACUGCUAGAUGAUUACAUUAACGGUGUUAUUACAUGACUGCUAAAUGAUUACAUUAACGGUGUUAUUACAUGACUGCUAGAUGAUUACAUUAACGGUGUUAUUACAUGACUGCUAGAUGAUUAAAUUAACGGUGUUAUUACAUGACUGCUAGAUGAUUACAUUAACGGUGUUAUUACAUGACUGCUAGAUGAUUACAUUAACGGUGUUAUUACAUGACUGCUAGAUGAUUACAUUAACGGUGUUAUCAUGUUGUUGGCUGCUACAGGUGUACAGCAUAUGAAGAGGAAGUUAGUGUAAACGAGUAGAGAAGAGAGAGGAGUAUGACUAACAGAGACAGACAAAAAAAGUUGGCGAAAGAGAGGGAUAGAGAGAGAUCGAUAGAAAGAGUGAGAGAGACCGAUAGAAAGAGUGAGAGAGAGGGAGAGGGAGGGGAAGAGAAAGCUUGAGCUGGCGAGGUCUUGGAGACCCUAAUGCAUUCCAGCUGGCUGCUGGGCUUCAGACAGACAGUGUGUCAAAGUCUGGUCCCAAGCCAAAGAGCAGCCUCAAAGUUAGACCGUGUGUGUGUGUGUGUGUGUGUUGGGGUGAUUUCUGAAUAAGUAUUUGUUUUUGUUGUCGCCUGUCUGAAACACUUGUUGUACUAUUUUGGGCUUGUAAACAAACAAAGAAACAAGCAAAAAAAAAAAAAAACAGAAAAAUAAAUAAAAAAGUAUGUCGCUUGCUAAAAACGGUAUUCUGCAAAUGUCUAAGUGCUUUAUAUUAAAUGAUUUUGAUUUGACGUGUGAGUUACAGGGCUGUUCAGGAUCUAGUGGACUAUCUGACAAACCAAAUGAGAUGAGUCUGACCACCUUGCCAUACCUGUUGAGUGGUCUGACAGAAUAUGAAGGUUGCUGUAAUUUUUUUAUUUGUUAUUUCGUUGUUAUUUCUCGUCUUUGUCUGAAAGGUGAUUUUGAUGUUUCACUGGCACUGGCAGCUUGGUGGGUUUUGUCCUGUUGAAUCGAGGUGUGUGUGUGUGUGUGUGUGUGUGUGUGUGUGUGUGUGUGUGUGUGUGUGUGUGUGUGUCCAUGGGAAAUGGUGCAAGGACGUAGUGACUUUUGUUUCUUAGCGGUCAACAUUUUUGCUACUGUUUUCUUUUCUUUUUUUAUUUCACUAUUUCUUUAAGUAAUUUAUUAUUAUAAAUAUUACUAUAGCCUACCAACAUAUUUGAAUUAUGACUAGCAAAGUUCCAGGCUCGUCAUGAAAUUGUGGAAAAAAGGGAUCUACUUGUUAUUCAAAAAUUCAGGUUUGUAAGUAAACAAAUAAACUUGGUUGUUAAAAGCAA